GACCAAAAGUUGAAGGGCGACAUGAACUAUUUUCCAAAACAAAAUAGCGGGAACGAACUAGGCCAAAAUCUAGGGAGAAAGAUAAACCCUAAACCCAACCCUCAAUAACUCUCCUCUCAUCUGAAACUAUCUGUGUUUCCUUCUCUCUUAACUAUGCCUUCGUUUCCACAGCCUGGUUCAGUGACUAUCUGUGAAAUCAACCGAGAUCUAAUCACAGCUGAUAGCCUCUCAGACGAUCGAGCCAAGGAAACUUAUGGAAAAAUUUUGGGAAUGGUGUUCAGCCCUAUUCCAUUUCAAGCGGAUCAACUGGCAAGCACUAGUGCGGAGCAGGAAACACAAGAGGAAGGAAGACCCAAUGGAGAGAAUACUGAGAGGAAUAGUUUGUUGAAAGAAUUGCACAGUUUUGCUAUUGAUUCUAUCAGACGCGUUUUUCAUCCCAAUUAUGUAAACAUGUUGCCAGAGGUUGAUUUUAAAGGGUUGAGCUGGCACCAACAUAAACAUAUUAUUGCAUUUAUCUCUGGUCCAAAUCAGGUUGUACUUCGUGAUUAUGAAGAUUCAGAAGGGAAGGAUGCAUGUGUCUUGACCUGUGAUUCCCAAAGAGAUAUUAAAGUUCUUGAAUGGAGGCCAAAUGGUGGAAAGUCACUUUCUGUAGCAUGCAAGGGUGGAAUCUGCAUCUGGGCAGCAUCUUAUCCUGGAAAUGUUGCAUCUGUGAGAUCUGGUGCUGCUUCAUACUUGGGUACUCUUUCUAGAGGUGCUGGAACUCGAUGGACUCUCGUGGAUUUUCUUCGAAGUCAUAAGGAUGAACAAAUAAGUGCACUUUCUUGGAGUCCUGAUGGAAGAUACUUGGCAUCUGCUUCAUAUGAAAGUUCGUCAUUCACCAUAUGGGAUGUUGCACAAGGAUUGGGAACACCAAUUCGACGGGGUUUAGGAUGUAUAUCAAUGCUCAAAUGGUCACCUACUGGUGAUUACUUUUUUGCUGCAAAAUUAGAUGGAACAUUUUAUCUUUGGGAGACAAACACAUGGACAUCUGAAACCUGGUCUUCAACUAGUGGGUUUGUAACGGGAGCAACAUGGGAUCCAGAUGGGCGUAUGAUACUGAUUGCUUUCUCUGGUUCUGCAACAUUGGGAUCUAUUCACUUUGCAUCAAAGCCUCCAUCUUUAGAUGCGCACUUAUUACCAGUUGAUUUGCCAGAGAUAAUGUCCUUGACUGGAAGUCAUGGAAUUGAGAAGAUAGCUUGGGAUGCUUCGGGAGAAAGAUUAGCAGUAUCUUAUAAGGGAGGGGAUGAUGUCUACAGGGGUCUCAUUUCCAUAUAUGAUGCUAGAAGGACUCCUCUGAUAUCUGCAUCAUUGAUUGGGUUUAUAAGAGGGCCUGGAGAGAAUCCGAAGCCAAUUUCAUUUUCAUUUCAUGACAAGUUCAAACAGGGACCAUUGCUUUCUGUUUGUUGGAGCAGUGGGUUUUGCUGUACCUACCCUCUUAUAUUUCAUUCUCACAGUCUUUCCUAGUUAAGGACCAUCUUUCUGCCUCAGAGAGGGAAAGAAGCUAUGUUACUGAUAUUCUUGAAUAUGUUGACUAGAAGCGUCGUCUUAUACUAGGAGCUCAAGCAAGCAGCAGGUGGAAGAGCAUGAAAUCCAUGACAAGGUAGUCGGAGGAGAGAUUUUCUCUCACACACACAUUGAUCUUAUAGUCUAAGGCAGGAUGUAUUGAUUGAAAACAAAGCGGCUUAUAAAGUCUUUUGGCAAAGCAUCUGUGGACCCUUAUUUUCUUCUAUCCUUCUAAAAUUUUCUUUUGAUCACUGCAUGUUUUCAACUCCUGUGAUAAUUUUUUUUAAUACUUAAGUGAAAAUUGACAA